CAUUCUGCGUCUGCACUGGCACGCCGGCGCCGGCGCUACGGCCAGCUCUGCUCGUCUCUCGCUCUCCCCAAUCAAGGCCAAUCCGAGCCUGGCCCGCUUUGCGCUGGCUGCUGCGCCUGAGAAAUCUCGAUUCCGGCCGCUCACACGCCGCCCACCAGGCGCUGCUCGCCGUGCACUCGCCCACGUACACCUCCCGCCUUCUGCCCUCACCCGUACCACGCCCUCUCUCUCUCCCACUCGCCCUGGACUGCCCUCUUGCUCUCUCGAGCCAGCCCACUGCCCUCCGUCUGGCCCGGCUCCGCGGCGUGUGUCAGGUCUACAAACUGGAACAAGCUGGACGCCAGGCUUGGAGCUUAGCCUUGAACCAUCUGGCCUGCCUCCCGGCCAACCUCGCCCACCGUCAGCCCGAAACCGACGAGGGAUCGACCGACGACGACGAGACCGACGCACGGCCUGCAGCCUUCACGCCGUGGGCCGUACAGCCGCCCGUCAACCAGCCCACACUAGACGCCUCCAUCCCUUCGCUGCUGUACGAUCAACUCAAACUGCACCACCAGCCUGGACGUCCAGGCCCAGUCCACCGCCCGGUCCCAUCAACUCGAGACGCACCUCACGUCCACCCCACCCCUCCCCUCCUGCCCCCCGCCACGACCACCAGCAGCAGUUCUGCUCCCCUUGCCCUUUACCCAUCGCAAGGCACCGCCAAGAGAGAGCUAGCCCGGUGCACCUGCCCACACACAACCUCUCCUGCCCGCGUACGCUUCCAAAGAGCGCGCAUCGAGCUCCCAUCCUAGGCUACACGUGCCUAGCGCCGACCCGUCACCCACCACCUCCCUCCUCCGACCGCUAGUGUGUUGAAACCCUUCCGGCACGGCCAUGUCCGCCUACAAGGUGACGGGCUACCGCGAGGAUUCAGACGCCGACGACGAGUACGAACGAGACUCUGUAUUCAUGUCUCCCACGCUGCCCCCCGAAGGCUACUCAGCCUCGCCCACAGACUCGGACGGCCAGAGCACCGAACCGACACCGACGACGUACACACAUUCGGGCAUGGCUGCCUCGCCGCGAGGACUGAUCUCCGACUGGUCCGCCGAACAGAGCGCAGAUUUUGUGUCGGGCCUGGGAUUACCGCAGUACGCGGACAAGUUUGUCGAGGAGGCCAUCACCGGCGACGCCUUGAUGGCAUUGCUACAUUCAGAUCUCAAGGAGAUGGGCAUAACGAGCAUCGGCCAUCGCCUGACCAUCCUUAAAGCUGUCUACGACCUCAAAAUCAAACAGCAUCUUCCCAUAGAACCCGAUGACUACGUUCCACUAUCCGCCGAUGCCGAAACACAGGACUCAGCCCCGACCCAAGACGACAUUGCCCGUAUAAUAAACAUCAUCAAAGACCGCGACGCCGAGCUGCGCACCCUUCGGGAGGAGCUGGUGCGCAUCUCGGAGGAAAACCGCAAACUGCGUGAAGACGUCCUGCCCAUCAUAAAGGACCGCAAGAACAGGUCCGAACCCCUCCCCACGCCCGACGAAGUCCCCGAUGUGGCCAAGGGCGGCGCUUCCAGUGGCCUGUCGCGGAAGUAUUCUACAAAGCGUCUAUUCCUCUCCAACAACAAGCCUAACAAUCUUUCGCCCACCAGCAUCCAAGAGUCGCGCCUGCAAGAUUCGUCCAGCCUCGACCCCUCGGCAGCCGCCGUCGCCGCCACGAACCACCUGACAGCGUCAAUGCGCGACGACGCCGCCGGUGGUCGCAGCCCCAACGCAGCCUCGCAGCCCUCGCCUACCUCGCCCGCCUAUUCGUCUCUCAACGUACCAUCGUCGGGCGGCGCAAAGACCUUCGACCGCUCGGACUCUUACUCGACGUUCUCGACACGCGAUAAGGAGGCUACCACUCCAUCGACCCUCAACCCGCCCUCUUCGGCACGAGAGAACCCUCAGGUCGAGAUCUUCAAGUCGUUCCGUGUCUCCAUUGAGGACCCUUGCCACAAGGUGCUACCUGUUGCGCUGAAGAAGUACAACAUCACGGCCGACUGGCGGCAGUACGCCUUGUAUAUCGUGCACGGCGACCAAGAGAGGUGUUUGGGGCUGAACGAGAAACCGCUAAUCCUGUUCAAGCAGCUUGAUCGCGAAGGCAGAAAGCCCAUGUUCAUGCUUCGGAAACACGCAUCGCCCAUGGAAGGCAUUUCGAGCACGGUAGGAGAAGGUGGAGCACAAGCCGCGCUGGCGCAGAGAGAAGCCAUGCAGGCCAGCGGUGGAGGCAGGAGCAUGCAGUUACCUGGCGGUGUGCUGUAAAGGAACGCGUGAGCAAAAGAAAUAAAAAACCCAAAAAACCAGGGCUUUCAAAACUACGACUUGAGUGUUUGGAUGCUACAUCAUGAUCUGUCAUCUUUUGUAUCUGGGCGGCUCUACGGGCAUAUAUACCUCAUCUUCCUUUUUAUGGUUAUCUUGUCAUCUUGCACAUGUCACCUGUAGCGGUCACGGCCUCUUUUGUUCUUGUGGGGACUCAAACAAAAACCUUUUCGGAGGGGUUUUUUUUUCAAGCUUGUGAUCCCAUUGCGUUGCCGGAGGGCAGUUAGAAAAGGGGAAAGAGAAGGAGGAGGAAAAGGAGACUUUGAGCAGACGAUUGGCAUGAACAAUCCGGUUUUUUGGUGCUCUACGAGUUUGGGAGGGCGCAGGCGCAGGCGAAGUCUUUCGUCGUUUUCCUUCCUUUGGAACUGAGAGCCGAGAGCUUAGUUUAGGCUUGAACCACAGGCUUCGCUGGGCAUUAUAGGCAUGGCACAAUCAUCAGACGUCACAUCUUCAGCACCUGGCAGCGCUCUCUCUCUCUCUCCCCCAAAUUUUCCGUGUCGUCUUUUCUUGCACACUUGGAUUUGGAAUUAGACUGGCUCCCUGCCUGGCUGGCACAGCACCUGGUUUUUUGAGUCUAC